CUAAAGGGGUACCAUCACAGAUUUCUGGCGAUUUUUCCAAAAUGCCAUUUUCUUUCGAAUUUGGAGGCUGCAUAUCACAGAAUCAGGCUGAGGCUAUUCUACACCGAUAAUGAAGUCUAUUGAUCCUAUUCUGCGCCGAUGAUUAAGUCAAUUAAGCACCAAAUUGGACCAAUUUAUUUUGGGUUAGCAUUUUCGUAAUUUUUUUGGGCAAAUUUUUUCGAAAUGCCAUUUUCCUUGGAUUUUGAAGGCUAAAGAUGGCGGAUUCGGCCUGAGGCUAUUCCUCAACGAUGAUUAAGUCCAUCAAGCACCGAUUUGGGCGGAUUGCUUCCCGGUCCAUUUUUGGCAGAUUCCAAAGGGGUCCAUCACAGAUUUUGGGCGAUUUUUCCGAAAUUUCAUUUUCUUUCGAUUCUGGAGGCUGCAGAUCACGGAAUCAGGCCAAGGCUAUUCUCCACCGAUAAUGAAGUCUAUUGAUACUAUUCUCCACGGAUGAUACCAAAUUGGGCCAAUUUAUUUCCGGAUGGCAUUUUCGUAAUAUUUUGGGGGUCGAAAGGCCAUUUUCUUUGGAUUUUUAAGGCUACAGAUCACGGAUUCGCCCUGAGGAUAAUCUUCCAAGAUGAUUAAGUCCAUUAAGUGCCAAAUUGGGCGAAUUUAUUCCAGGUCCAUUUUUGCCAUAUUUCAAAGGGGUACCAUCACAGAUUUCAGGCGAUUUUUCCAUAAUGCCAUUUUUUCGACUCUGGAAGCUGCAAAUCACGGAAUCAUGGCGAGGCUAUUCUCCACCUAUAAUGAAGUCUAUUGAUCCUAUUCUCCACGGAUGAUAGGUCCAUUAAGCACCGAUUUGGGCCAAUUUAUUUUCGGAUGACAUUUUCGUAAUUUUUUCGGCGUCGAAUGACCAUUUUCUUUGGAUUUUGAAGGCUACAUAUCACGGAUUCGGCCUGAGGCUAUUUUCAACGAUGAUUAAGUCCAUUAAGUGCCGAUUUGGGCGAAUUUAUUCUGGGUCUAUUUUUGGCAGAUUCCAAAGGGGUACCAUCACAGAUUUCGGGCGAUUUUUCCGAAAUGCCAUUUUUUUUUUACUUUGGAGGCUGCAAAUUACGGAAUCAGGCCGAGGCUAUUCUCCACCGAUAAUGAAGUCUAUUGAUCCUAUUCUGCACGGAUGAUAAGUCCAUUAAGCACCGAUUUGUGUCAAUUUAUUUUCGGAUGGUAUUUUCGUACUUUUUUGGGCUACGAAAGGCCAUUUUCUUUGGAUUUUGAAGACUACAAAUUACGAAUUUGGCCUGAGGCUUUCUUCAACAAUGAUUAAGUCCAUUAAGCGCCGAUAUGGGCGAAUUUAUUCUGGGUCCAUUUUUGGCAGAUUCCAAAGGGGUACCAUCACAGAUUUCUAGCGAUUUUUCCGAAAUGUUAUUUUCUUUCGAUUUUGGAGGUUGCAUAUCACGGAAUCAGCCUAAGGCUAUUCCCCACCGAUAAUGAAGUCUAUUGAUUCUAUUCUCCUCGGAUGAUAAGUCUAUUAAGCACCGAUUUGGGCCAAUUUAUUUUGGGAUUGCAUUUUCGUAAUUUUUUGGGCGUCGAAAGGCCAUUUAAUUUCGAUUUUGAAGGCUACAGAUCACGGAUUCGGCCUCAGGCUAUUCUUCCACGAUGAUUAAGUCCAUUAAGCGCCGAUUUAGGCGAAUUUAUUCCGGGUCCAUUUUUGACAGAUUCCAAAGGGGUACCAUCACAGGUUUCGGGCGAUUUUUCCGAAAUGCCAUUUUCUUUCGAUUUGGAGGCUGCAGAUCACAGAAUCAGGCUGAGGCUAUUAUCCACCGAUAAAGAAGUCUAUUGAUCAUAUUCUCCACGGAUGAUAAGUCCAUUAAUCACUGAUUUAGGUUAAUUUAUUUUUUGAUGGCAUUUUUCGUAAUUUUUUGGGCGACGAAAGGCCAGUUUCUUUGGAUUUUGAAGGCUACAGUUCAUGGAUUCGGCCUGAGGCUAUUAUUCAACGUUGAUUAAGUCCAUUAUGCUCAGAUUUGGGUGAAUUUAUUCCGGGUUCAUUUUUGGCAGAUUCCUAAGUGGUACCAUCACAGAUUUCGGGUGAUUUUUCCUAAAUGCCAUUUUUUCGAUUUUGGAGGCUGCAGAUCAUGGAAUCGGGCCUAGGCUAUUCUCCACCGAUAAUGAAGUCUAUUGAUCCUAUUUUCCUCGGAUGAUAAGUCUAUUAAGCACUGAUUUGGGCCAAUUUAUUUUCGGAUGGCAUUUUCGUAAUUUUUUGGGAGUUGAACUGCCAUUUUCUUUGGAUUUUGAAGGCUACAGAUCACCGAUGCGGCCUCAAGCUAUUCUUCAACGAUGAUUAAGUCCAUUAAGCGCCGAAUUAGGCGAAUUUAUGUCGGGUCCAUUUUUGGCAGAUUCCAAAGGAGUACCAUCACAGAUUUCUUGCGAUUUUUCCGAAAUGUCAUUUUCUUUCUAUUUUGGAGGCUGCAGAUCACGGAAUCAGGCCGAGGCUAUUCUCCACCGAUAAUGAAGUCUAUUGAUCCUAUUCUCCUCGGAAGAUAAGUCCAUUAAGCACCGAUUUGGGCAAAUUUAUUUUCGGAUGGCAUUUUCGUAUUUUUUUGGGCGUCGAAAGGCCAUUUUCUUUGAUUUUGAAUGCUACAGAUCACAGAUUCUGCCUCAUGCUAUUCUUCCACGAUGAUUAAGUCCAUUAAGCGCCGAUUUGGGCGAAUUUAUUCCGGUUCCAUUUUUUACAGAUUCCAACAGGGUACCAUCACAGAUUUCAGGCGAUUUUUCCGAAAUAUCAUUUUCUUUAGAUUUGGAGGCUGCAGAUCACAGAAUCAGGCCGGGGCUAUUCUUCACCGAUAAUGAAGUCUAUUGAUCCUAUUCUCCACGGAUGAUAAGUCCAUUAAGCACCGAUUAUGGCCAAUUUAUUUUCAGAUGGCAUUUUCGUAAUUUUUUGGGCGUCGAAAGGCCAUAUUCUUUGGAAUUUGAAAGCUACAGAUCACGAAUUCGGCCUAAGGCUAUUCUUACACGAUGAUUAAGUCCAUUAAGCGGCGAUUUGGGGGAAUUUAUUCCGUGUCCAUUUUUGGAAGAUUCCAAAGGGGGUACUAUCACAGAUUUCGGGCAAUUUUUCCAUAAUGCCAUUUUUUCGAAUCUAGAGGCUGCUAAUCACGGAAUCAGGCCGAGGCUAUUCUCUACCGAUAAUGAAGUCUAUUGAUCCUAUUCUCCACGGAUGAUAACUCCAUUAAGCACCAAUUUGUGCCAAUUUAUUUUCGGAUGGCAUUUUCGUAAUUUUUUUAGCGUCGGAAGGCCAUUUUCUUUGGAUUUUGAAGGCUUCAUAUCACUUUUUCUGCCUGAGGCUAUUCUUCAACGAUGAUUAAGUCCAUUAAGCACCGAUUUGACUGAAUUUAUUCUGGGUCCAUUUUUGGCAGAUUCAAAAGGGGUACCAUCACAGAUUUCGGGCGAUUUUUCCGAAAUGCGAUUUUUUUUUUACUUUGGAGGCUGCAAAUCACCGAAUCAGGCCGAGGCUAUUAUCAACAGAUAAUGAAGUCUAUUGAUCCUAUUAUGCACGAAUGAUGAGUCUAUUAAGCACCGAUUUGUGCCAAAUUAUUUUCGGAUGGCAUUUUCGUAAUUUUUUGGGCUACGAAAGACCAUUUUCUUUGGAUUUUUAAGGCUAUAGAUUCGGAAUUUGGCCUGAGGCUAUUCUUCAACGAUGAUUAAUUCCAUUAAGCGCCGAUUUGGGCGAAUUUAUUCCGGGACCAUUUUUGGCAGAUUACAAAGGGGUACCAUCACAAAUUUAAGUGAUUUUUCCGAAAUGCCGUUUUCUUUCGAUUCUGGAGGCAGCAGAUCACGGAAUCAGGCCGAGGCUAUUCUCCACCGAUAAUGAAGUCUAUUGAUCCUAUUCUCCUCGGAUGAUAAGUCCAUUAAGCACCGAUUUGUGCCAAUUUAUUUUUAGAAGGUAUUUUCGUAAUAUUUUUUGGCGUCGAAAGGCCAUUUUCUUUGGAUUUUGGCGGCUGCAGAUCCCAGAAUCAGGCAGAGGCAAUUCUACACCAAUAAUGUCCUCUAUUGAUCGUAUUGUCCAUGGAUGAUAAGUCCAUUAAGCACCGAUUUGGGCCAAUUUAUUUUCGGAUGGAAUUUUCGUAAUUUUUGGGGCGACGAAAGGCCAUUUUCUUUGGAUAUUGAAGGCUAUAGAUCACGGAUUCGGCCUAAGGCUAUUCUUCAACGAUGAUUAAGUCCAUUAAGCGCCGAUUUGGGCGAAUUUAUUCUGGGUCCAUUUUUGGCAGAUUCCAAAGGGGCAUAUUCACAAAUUUCCGGCGAUUUUCCCGAAUUGCAAUUUCUUUAGAUUUUGGAGGAUACAGAUCACGGAUUCAGCCUGAGGUUAUUCUCCAUCGAUAUUGAAGUCUAUUGAUCGUAUUCUCCACCAGUGAUUAAGUCCAUUAAACACCAAUUUGGACAAAUUCCUUAUCGGAUGACAUUUUCGUAGUUUUUUUGGCAAUGUUUUUUUAAUGGCCAUUUUCCUUGAAUUCUGAAGGCUACAAAUUACAGAUUCAACCUAAGGCUAGUCUUCAACGAUGAUUAAGUCUAUUAAAUAUCGAUUUGGGCGGAUUUUCCCAAAAUAGCAUUUUCUUUCGAUUUUGAAGGAUAUAGAUAACGAAUUUAGCCCGAGUCUAUUCACCACUGAUAAUGAAGUCUAUUAAUCCUAUUCUCCAUCAAUGAUUUAGUCUAUUAACACCGAUUUGGGUGAAUUCAUUUUCGGAUGACAUUUUCGUAUCUUUUGGGGUGAUGUUUUUCGAAAUGCCAUUUUCCGUGAAUUUUGAAGGCCACAGAUCACGAAUUUGGCCUAAGGCUAUUAUUCAACAAAAAUAAAGUCCAUUAAGCUUCGAUUUUGGGCGGAUUUCUUCCGGGUCCAUUUUUGGAAGACUCCUAAAGGGUACAAUCACGGAUUUCAGGCCAUUUUUCCGAAAUGCCAUUUUCCUAGUAUUUUGAAGGCCAUAGAUCACAAAUAUGGAUGCUAUUCUUCAACGAUGAUUUUGUCCAUUAAGCAUCGAUUUGAGUGAAUUUGUUCCCGGUCCAUUUUUUAUAGACUCGGAAGGGGUACCUUCACAAACUUCAGGCGAUUUUCCCGAAUUGCUAUUUUCUUUCGAUUUUGAAGGAUACAGAUUACGGAUCCAAUCUGAGGCUAUUCUCCACCGAUAUUGAAGUCUAUUGGUCCUAUUCUCCACCGGUGAUUUAGUCCAUUAAGCUCCAAUUUGGACGAAUUUUUUAUCGGAUAGCAUUUUCGUAGUUUUUGGGGCAAUGUUUUUCGAAAUGCCAUUUUCCUUGUAUUUUGAAGGCAACAGAUUACGGAUUCCGCCUGAGGCUAUUCUUCAACGAUGAUUAAGUCCAUUAACCAUCGAUUUGGAUGGAUUUGUUCCGGGACCAUUUUUGGAAGACUACAAAGGGGUACCAUCAUAGAUUUCGAGAGAUUUUCCCGAAAUGUCAUCUUCUUUCGAUUUUGAUGGAUAAAAAUCACGGAAUCAUCCCGAGGCUAAUCGCCACCGAUUAUGAAGUCUAUUGAUCCUAUUCUCCCCUGACGAUUAAGUCCAUUAAGUAUCGACUUGGACGAAUUCAUUUUCGGAUGACUUUUUUAUAAUGUUUUGGGCGAUUAUUUCGAACGGCCAUUUUCCUUGUAUUUUGAAGGCCACAGAUCCCGCAUUCUGCCUGAGGCUAUUCUUCACUGAUGAUUUAGUCCAUUAAGCAUCGAUUUAGGCGAAUUUGUUUCGGGUCCAUUUUUGGCAGACUCCGAAGGGGUACCUUCACAGAUUUUGGUCGAUUUUCCCGAAUUGCCAUUUUCUUUCGAUUUUGAAGAAAACAUAUCACGGAUUCAGCCCGAGGCUAUUCUCCACCGAUAUUUAAUUCUAUUGAUCCUAUUCUCCACUGGUGAUUAAGUCCAUUAAGCACCAAUUUGGGCGAAUUCAAUAUCGCAUGUCAUUUUUGUAGCUUUUGGGGCUAUGUUUUUCGAAAGGUCAUUUUACUUGUACUUUGAAGGCUACAGAUUAUGGAUUCGGGCUAAGGCUAUUCUUUAACGAUGAUUAAGUCCAUUAAGCAAUGAUUUGGGCGGAUUUCUUCUGGGUCCAUGUUUGGAAGACUCCAAAGGGGAACCAUCAUGGAUUUCGGGCAAUUUUUCCAAAAUGCCAUUUUCUUUCAAUUCUGAAGGAUAGAUCAAAGGUUUAGCCCGAUGAUAUUCUCCACCGAUAAUAAAGUCUAUUGAUCCUAUUAUCCACCGAUUAUUAAGUCUAUUGAGCACCGAUUUGGGCGAACUCAUUUUCGGAUGACAUUUUGCCAUUUUCGUAUCUUUUGGGGCAAUUUUUCGAAAUGCCUUUUUCCUUAUAUUUUGAAGGCCACAGAUCACGAAUUCGGCUUAAAGCUAUUCUUCAAUGAUGAUUUAGUCCAUUAAGCAUCGAUUUGGACGGAUUUAUUUCGGGUUCAUUUUUUACAGACUCCGAAGGGAUACCCUUCACAGAUUUCAGACGAUUUUCCUGAAUUGUCAUUUUCUUUUUGAUUUUGAAAGAUACAGUCAGCCAGGAGAAAAAAUGUACUUCACCAGAAGCCAGAAACCAGAAACCGCCAUGUCGUCACUAAAAGAUCAACUUAAAACCCAAAACCCCAUCAUCCAAAAAAGCCUCUGUCUUUGCCUUUUCCCCUCCAGUCAUCGUCGCCAGAGAAACAGGGCACGAUAUUCAUUCACAGUAAGUGGGUUCACAACACGUGUACUCUCUCAAUUCUUUCCUAUGCAUGCAAAUUUGUUCUUUCAUAUCUCUCCCACAACCCCAUCUGUCCAUUCACUCUCUCUCUUCACUUCUGAUCACCAUCUUUAUCCGAUACUUCCCUUCAUUAUCCCUCUGCCAAAAAACAGAGCAAAUAACCCAUCUCUUGUAAGUAAAAAUGGUGAUGAUGGGCAUGGUAAACUCGGUGAUGAAUUUCUUUGUGCCGCCGGCGAGCCUGGUGGUGAUGGCUUGCGCCUGGCCGGCGCUGUGCUUCAUCAACACCUGCGAGUGGCUCUACAAGAACUUCCAUAGUGAAGACAUGGAGUACAAAGUUGUGAUUGUCACCGGGGCUUCUUCUGGCAUUGGGGAGCAAAUUGCGUAUGAGUAUGCGAAAAGGAGGGUGAAUCUUGUACUGGUUGCACGGAGAGAGAAUAGGCUCCAGGGGAUAAGCGAGAAGGCUAGAGCUUUGGGCGCGAAGCAUGUCAUGAUCGUGGGGGCAGAUGUUGUGAAGGAAGACGAGUGCAGGAGAUUCAUCAACCAGGCUGUGAGCUACUAUGGUCGUUUGGAUCAUUUGGUGAACACAGUGAGCUUGGGGCACACAUUCUACUUGGAAGAAGCAGCGGACACCUCCAUUUUCCCGCAUUUGCUGGACAUCAACUUCUGGGGGAAUGUCUAUCCAACUUAUGUUGCUCUGCCUCACCUCCAUCAGACCAAUGGACGAAUCGUUGUAAAUGCUGCAGUCGAGACCUGGUUGCCUCUUCCAAGGAUGAGCUUAUACGCGGCUGCUAAGGCUGCUCUCAUAAACUUCUACGACACUCUGAGAUUUGAAAUGAACGAUGAGGUCGGGGUCACAAUCGCCACGCACGGUUGGAUCGCCGGCAGCGAAAUGAGUGGGGGCAAGUUCAUGCUAGAGGAAGGCGCCGAGAUGCAGUGGAGAGAAGAAAGAGAGGUGAAUGGGAGCGGCGGUCCAAUCGAGGACUACGCGAAGAUGAUCGUGUCGGGGGCUUGUCGUGGGGAUCACUACGUGAAGUACCCGAGCUGGUACGACAUCUUCCUCGUCUACAGGUACUUCGCCUCAGGCGUCCUCAAUUGGACGCUCCGGCAGCUGCUUGCCUCCCACGGAACAAGGAGGAUGUCUCUUAUGGGGACGGGGAGGCCGUUGUUGUUGGAAUCCGGGGCGAGCUCGCCACGAAGGUCGGAACCAUCGAGCUCGCCAUGGAGGAGGUCGGAAUCAUCGAGCUCGCCAUGGAGCUCAUCGCCGCCACGAAGGAUCCUUGCUGGUCCUUCCGGUGGUCCCGUCUCGUUCUCGUCGUCGAGAAGUAGUCCGGUGCAGAUGCAUAAACUUGAGUGAUAGUAACUGGACAGUACCUGAGUGAACAAGGUGAUCUCCCUCCAUGAGUAUAUACUUGUUGAUUUUGUGCUCUUAUUUGAUUGUUUCUUUUGUUUUCAUGACUUGUAAUAAGUGAGAUAUUGGUCAUAAAUAAUCUUCACGGUUUCUUGUGUUAGAGGUGGGGUUUUCAAGUGUGAUUUAGUAUGGAUGGUUAUUGAUGGGUCUAAUUUCAGUUUCUUGAAAUAGGGACUUACUUUGAUACAAUUUCACUUAUUUUCAGGGUGACAAAUCGAUAUUUGUAUCGGACUCGUUUGCUUGUUGGAUUUAGUAAAUGAAGGUUUUGAGUUUUG